AUGUCUGACGGAAAAGGCCAGUUCGAGCAGGGUUUCCUACCCAAGGUCACUCACCAAGAUCCUCCUGGGAGAGAGGGUGAUCUGCCGGUGGAAGCAAUCCACGACAAACUGCCAACUCCUGAUGGUGGAUGGCAAGAGUACAAAGCAGCUGGAAAGUUGGAAGGCAAGAAGGCGUUCAUCACAGGCUCUGGCAUUGGACGCGCGAUUGCUAUUCUCUUUGCAAAAGAAGGGGCCGACAGCUUCAUCGUCUAUCUGCCAGAAGAAGAGGAAGACGCAAAGGAGACCCAGAAGCGAGUCGAAGCCGAGGGCCGCAAAUGCCAUCUCUUCCCAACCGAUGUCAGAAAGUACGAGAACUGCGAAAAGGCCGUCAAAGAGGCUCAGCAAGCCUUGGGCAAGAUCAACAUUCUAGUGAACAAUGCGGCCUACCAAAUGAUGCAGAUGGACAUUACCGAGAUCCCUCUCGAGCAAUGGCACAAGACCUUCGAGACCAACAUCCACCCGUACUUCUACUUCGCCAAACUCAUCGUACCCCACAUGAAGCGCGGCGACACGGUCAUCAACAACGCUUCGAUCAACGCUUACAUCGGUCGUCCCGAUCUGCUAGACUAUACGUCCACGAAAGGAGCAAUCAUCUCAUUCACCCGCGGCCUGGCUAACCAACAAGUCAGCAAAGGUAUUCGCGUCAACGCUGUCUGCCCAGGACCUGUAUGGACGCCGCUCAUCCCAUCCACGAUGAACGAGGACGCACAGAAGCAAUUCACCUCGCCGCUGGGUCGACCUGCUCAACCCAGUGAGAUUGCCACUUCAUUCGUGUUCUUGGCCAGUCCAGAUAGCAGUAUGAUCAGCGGGCAUGCUCUGCAUCCUAAUGGCGGCACUGUGCUUAACACUUGA